AAAUCGUGGUGUCAUCAUCCUCUACACUCGGCUACAGUACUGGUACGGGUACGCUAAGGCCUUUGGUGAAGGAGGUCAAGCGAACAGAUUGCCGAGAUUUCGUCAUUGCAUUACAUCAACUAGUGUUUGCAUUGUACUUCUAUUGUCUCGAUGCGGUUCCCGUCUCCACUUGCUUUUUCAUUAGCGACUGCAGCAUCAGCGAGCAUACGACUUUCUGGCUUCGCGGUCUUGGCGGCAUCGAGUGGCAGCAACAGCAGUGCGUCCGCAUUCAUUUCGGCAACGGGUGCUAUCCACAGUCAACUCGCAGAUCACCCUUCGUCGAGAUUGAACUCUUCCGUGUCCGGGGAAGAUUCCAAACAGUCUUCGGUACCCAUGAUUGAUCCGGAAUACCCGGGAACAGCGGUCGAACGCAUGCUCGCCGUGCGGGCACGCGUCACCUCUCUAACGACGGAAGAACUUAGCGGUCCCUGGGACGAGGUCCGGCGCAAAAUACUGUGGGCGGGUGGAUUGAGAGAUCUCCCUAAUGCGAGGCCCGGCCAGGGAUACACKGGACACUCCUUCAACGACUACAACCACGUCGAUCUGACGUGCAUGCGCGACGACGUCUCGGACAACGAAAACGACGGCAGCGUGAAAAUGAUCGCCAUUGGCAACCAGCUCGGCCCCGGAAUCCGCCAGGCGUCUCUUCCCGAACUCGGCAGCGGAGGCUCGUGGUCGACCUGUGCCAUCGGGUGCAACCAAGACCCACCGCAAGACGUUGCCCACAUCCAGUUUCGGUCUCGGAUCGGUGAGUCUUGAGUUGUAUGUCGUGUUUUGUCCGUUUCUGAGUUUGUUUUUUCUCUCUUGCACUGCGCUAAAUAGAGGAUUUUGAUCACGACACAAAAAAACUAUAUCUCACACAAACCGAACCAAUCAAUGUGUCUUGCAAACGACGAGAAAAGCCUUUAAGCUUGUGUGGUGUCCCACCGAAACAUUCGAUACGUUCGUACUGGUGGACGAUGACGGAAAAAAACUUGCGCAAGGGACACCGUCGGGAUCGUUGCCGAGCCUUCGGGAACGCCAAGUGAACUACAAAAUUUCUGCUGGUAGCAAGUACGCUAUAGUGGCCGACCAGAUUGCGAAAGGCCUGAGUACUUCGACCGAGACUAUGUGAAGAAAUGCUCAGACUCGACAUGGUUUUUAAAUUCUUCUCUUUAUUGAUUGAAAAUGAUUCCAUACGCAGCAAAAAACCGUGCCAUUUGUUAGAUUGUAAAGAUUUGGUUCACAAUUAAGUUGACAUGAAGUACAGAAUUAUUACAAGCAAUAGAAAGAUAUGAUUGUCAUUUUGAUUUCUUUAUCUAACCGUGGUAUCCUCUAGCAAUUKGGCCGUCCGUGAAGGACGUCAUUUCCAUGCUGUCGAACGUUGAUCGCUCCAUUCUGUCUUUUAUCCGGGCCUUGGUUUUCACGAGGCUCUUUCCCAGACUGUCGAAAUAUUUCCAUGACGACGGAUAGGGCACGUUCGAUGCGUGGCCCAUGUUCCGGGUGAUGCUGUCCUGCCUCGCAUCGUGGAGGCUCCGGAACCACAGCAAGGCCUCCUCGCGGGUUGAUACGGCGUAGAAAUGCUGCCGUCGGAGGGUGGACACCGCGAAAAAACCCGUGCACCCGGCGGGCAAAUUGCCAAUCUCUGGAAACUGCAGGCUCGUGUCGUGGCCUACGAUUUCGGUGGUGAGGGUUUCGACAUCGAACGGGGAUCCCUUGGGAAUCUGUGAGUGUGGAUCUUUGAAUUUGUAGAGAUAAGACCCGCCAAGAAUCAAGUGGCGUUCCUUCCAGGACGGCGCAAAGGAUCUCAGAAAGGGGAGGGCCAGGAUCAAUCUCUGGAAAAAGGCGGGAAGAAUACUGUACAAUACCGGAACGUGCAGUUUCAAAACCGGCCCGUGAUGGAGUGGAGUGGCCUUGAUCAUGGCGGGGGCCGAAAGGCCUGCUCCGGGAGUGAAAUGAUCUACUUCUUCCCCGCCCGCCAUGGCCGGGUUUGAUGCUGAGUGGCGCCUGCGCAUAUCCGACAUGUU